CGCCGGGGGCCGCCAAUGAAAGGCGCCGGGCGGGAGGCGCGCAGCAGGCGGGCAGCGGGCGCUGCGCGGGACGGAGCCGGGCACGGAGCGCGCAAGAUGUCGGUGGGCCAGCAGCAGUCGGGAAGAGGUGUGCCAUGCUUACGCUGCAGAGGGUCGUGCACAGGCUUCGAGCCACAUUCUUGGAGGAAAAUAUGCAAGUCAUGCAAAUGCAGCCAGGAGGAUCACAGCCUGAGCUCCGACUUGGAGGAUGACCGGAAAAUUGGCCGCCUGCUGACGGAUUCCAAGUACGCCACGCUCACUGCCCGGGUGAAAGGAGGGGAUGGCGUCCGCAUUUACAAAAGGAACCGCAUGAUCAUCACCAACCCCAUCGUGUCGCGGAAGGACCCCACCUUCGACACCAUCACGUAUGAGUGGGCUCCACCAGGGCUCACCCAGAAGCUGGCCAUGCAGUACAUGGAGCUGCUCCCCAAGGACAUGCAGCCGGUGGCGGGCACGGACGGGGCCUACCAACGCCGGCGGCAGCUGAUGAGGCAGCUCCCGGUGUACGACCACGACCCGGCCCAGUGCCGCGGCCUGGCCGAGGGCGAGGUGAAGCUGAUGGAAGACUUCGUGAAGAAGUACAAGGCCGAGGCGCUGGGCGUCGGGGAGGUGGCGCUGCCAGGCCAAGGCGGCAGCAGGAAGGAGGAGGGGAAGGCGCAGGACAUGGGCUCGGCCGCCAGCAAGACCCCCGAGACCACCAACGGGGCCCUGGAGGGCGCGCCUGCAGCAGAGCUCUAUCACUGCGAGGCCUGCAAGGAGGCGAUGCCGGCGGACUGCCCCGUGGUGUACGCGGACCGGGCCGGCUACACGCGGCAGUGGCACCCGGCCUGCUUCGUCUGCUGCCAGUGUGCUGAGCCGCUCGUCGACCUCAUCUACUUCUGGAAGAACGGGGCCGCAUGGUGCGGGCGUCACUACUGCGAGAGCCUGCGGCCACGCUGUGCUGGCUGUGACGAGAUCAUCUUCUCGGAGGACUACCAGCAGGCAGAAGGGAUGGCCUGGCACAAGAAGCACUUCACCUGCCUGGAGUGCGAGACGCAGCUGACCGGCAAAGCCUUCAGCCUGGACAAGGGCAGCCUGCGGUGCGCGACCUGCAGCAGGAGCAAGCGCCUCUGAGCGGGGUGCGGCUGCGGCAGGCACUCGAGGCCGAGACAGAGUCGGGGUGAUUUGACAAGAACGUGAAAAGUGGACAGUAAAACAAAACAAAAAAAUUAGAGCCUGGCUAUUCACUCUGCAACUAAGUACCCCCUUGCAUCCAACACAGUUCAGAAGGAGAUUUCCCAGGGGAGGAAACAAAGGAAAGCUGUAUGCCUGUGGGGUGGGAGGUCCCGGUGUGCCUUAUAGGAGGGGACUGAAAAGGAGGGUCCUGUGUUGGUGUACAAAGUCUCUCAAAGCUUCUCAUGACUAAGAUCUUGCGAUGUUUUAGAAAUAACACAUCUCAAAAAUAAUUUUUGGCACACUAAACCUAUGGUCAUGGUUAAAAAUGAGGGUUGCUUUUAUUUUUGAAGUCCAUGCUGGAAGUUUUACACUAACAGAAUGCUGACAACUGUACUAAAUCAAUGGUUUUGAGCAAUUUGAUUAACCCGAGUGAUUACUUUCUGAAAGCAAAUGAUACUGAAUUGCAGCAACGCAUAGCCGUAGCUUUCUCCAAUGUGUACAAUAAUGUAAAAAUAGGUAACGAGGUGGUACACAGUGAUCAGUUUAACCUUACUGAGAAGGGAACUGUGCAGACCUCCCCAAGGGCAGGGGGUGCUGGGCAGCCAACUAAUUCAACCGGUCUGGGUUUUAGCCAUGGAGCUGGAAUGCAAACAUUCCUGGCAGUUCUCGCCCAAACCCUGUUCCCAGUUUUAUCUCGCUUGCCUCCUACUGUCUGUUAUUUCAAGCGAGUGUUUGCACAGAGAGGCAUUGUGCUCCCACCGUUCACUGGAGGUAGUUAAGCAUUUAAAGUAUGGAACUUUUUCAGCUGCUUUCUGAGCAGGAGUUUUAUGGAAAACAGCUUUCCAGCUUAAGCUAUCCUAGUUGGUUUUUUUUUGUGCCUGAAAUGCUGCAAUGUCAGUUUUUUUCCCUUUAGUAAGUCAAUGACCCUCUCCAAGAAAUAGGGACAUGCUGUCUCCUUUGGAAGCCUGCAGCAUCCGUGUCCUGCAUGGUGGCACAACUGCCCCAGACCCUGGUCCUCGUGGUGCAGUUCUCCAGCCCCGAGUGAGGUCAGCAUCGUGUGUCAGGUCCCGUGGGAGGACAUUGUCCCAAGAUCUGCACUGCAUCUCUGCUGAUGGUGUUUGUCCCCUCCAUCAUGCAAGGCUUCUGUUAGUCACAGAAAAUGUCAGAUAGUCCAGGCUGGCAGAUGUCUGUGUGCUCAGUCUUUUUUCUUAUACUAAAUGGCUCCAUUACUUGCCAGAAAGAACUGGAAUAUUUUUUGCAGAGAUAAGCGUAUAAGGAGCUCACCAUUGCUAGGUUUUCAUUCCACUGCAGAAAUUGCUGGUUUCUCUCCUUAAAACCAACUCCAUGCUGUGGAUCUUUGCUUGCUUAUGUUUGAGUAACUUGCAAAUGAGCUUUGGUGGAAGCCGUCCCUGCUGCUGCGAGUCACGGACUAGACUCUGCCCCUCUGCCAUGUGCAGGGGGACGCCCAGCUCCCCAGGUGCGAGGAGCAGGCAGUGUCGGUCACUGUUUCACUGCAGGUGAGGCAGAUGUGGUGUAAGAUGCAUCUGUAUGUUUGCUGGGGGUGGUGUCUAACGCUUUUUCCACCCCUGUGCUUUUGUGUGGUUGAUUUUCCUGAAAACACUAGGGUGUUUAAGAAGAGUGCGUAAAACCCUACCUCCAGAGCUGGAGCAGAGCAUGGAAAUCCCAAGGCGGCAGCAUCAGCCGUAACUGGGGUGAGGGAUGUGUGCUGCGGGGUUCUGCCGUGUGCGUGCUCUGGGGGUCCCUGCAGCCACCUUGUCCACCCAACGCAUCCCAGGCCCUUUGGUGGGCACACCGAGAGUCUGGGGGAUCACUGCUGUCCGCUCAGGAGGGUGCCGCAAGCCAACGGGGGACGUGUAGACGAAAAGUUUUGAAGUUGUGCUAGGAAUAAUAAAGCUCCCUUGGAACAGCCUUAGAUACAGGCACUUUGGUUACAAGCAAAAUGGGACUGAAAAAUAAAACCCAGUGCUUAGCUUUAUUGCCUCUUCUUUCUUUUGUUACAAUGGGAAUGUUCGAUCUUUGUAAAUUAUUUUUAAAGGCACAGCAUAGUUCUGAACCCUAUGAUGUUAAGGCAGCCAAAAAUGCAUACAGUCAGUGUAAGCAGUGGGAGAAAUAGCGUGAAUCACUUAGGAAACGUUUCAGCAAAGACCUUAGCAUCCAAACAACAUUCCUUGAUGGGAAGUCAUUGGCUAUUUGUGCAUGCAGCUGGUUACCUCCAGAGUGAUUUGCCUGUGAGGUAGGUGCACGGCAUUACCCACAUUCAAAAAAACGGGAGUGCAAGAAAAAUCAAUAAAACUUUGAGUGUUUAAAAGUGAAAGACAGUUAACUGGAUAACUGUGGCCAACAGGCUGCUGCCGCCUCUUGCCAGGCAUUUUGCUCUGUUUUGCCAUGGUUGGCCACACUGACCCUGCCAAGUGCUUGUGCUGAAAUGAACAGGGAGGAAGACGAGCCCAAGCAGGGUGUUUCUUCAGUGCCAGUAUCUGAUUGGGCUCAAAGUCCCCGACCAGAGCUGCCUCACCCCUUGUAUUGAAGCUAGGGUUGGUGUUGGGGUGUGCGCCAGGCAGGGUGGCCCAGAAGAAGCUGCAGGCGGUGGUUAGGCUGUGUCCCUUGGUUGGGGGUGCUUGUCUGGGCCCCACCUGCAUGUGGAAGAAGAAGGGCUUUGAGCAUCAGUAGCUCAAACCACAUGGAUGGGACCCUCUGGCUGUGCCCAUGUGCAGCAAGGGGUGGCACUGCUCCCAGCUCCCACAGCAGCACGCCUGGGACAGGCAGGGUGUGGGUGCUGUGUCUGUGGGGCAGCACCUGCCCCAAAUCCUUCAAUGCUAGUGCCUUUGGCAUGGGUUUGUCCUACUGGGCUCUGGUCAGUCUGCAACCAGUAGCACCAACUUUGUAUGCGGCCUGUCCGCAUUCAUGCAGACCUCGUCACUAAUGGCUUUAUUUGGCUACGUGGAAAAAAGAUACCCCUGUAGCAUGUUCUGGUUUGGGGUUUGAUUUUGUAAUAUAUGAAUUGUAAUUCUUCUCCUCUGAAGCCCCUCUUUCAGCAUACGUAUACUUGCUUCAGGCUUUUUGGACUGCUGGCGUCCACCCGAGCCUUUUAGGUAUUCCUAUAGCUUGUAAAAUACUGUCUGCUGAAAAAUGUACUGCAGUUAAACAGCUUAACAAAAUCCUGUGCCUCUCAAGUGUCAGGAGCAAAAGCGUGAAAUUAAUGCAUCUAACAGCUCAAACCAUAUGUGAGUCUUUAGUUUCGAUAUUAAAAUUGAAAUUCGGAGUGAGCACGAGAAGACGUUCACCCCAAGUGGAGACGCUGCCUUGUUCCGCUGGGGUUUAUCGCCUGGAGCGAAGGAGGCUGCUGCAGCGCCUUCUGUGUGUCACGAGCUCCAGCUACCACGAAAGUUCAAUUUGUGUGGGUUUGCUGCUCUGUCUAACCGGGAGCCACCGGUGAGCAACACAGAGAGGAUCUUUCCAAAAUUAAUAGAAGUGGAGGUGUCUCACGGGGUUACUUGGUGUGACGGGAAUCGCCUGUGGGCAGGCUGUGCUGUGUGACUGCUGCAAUGUAUCUUGUAGCACAGCUGUUCCCAGCCCUUUGUUUCAAAUAAAAGCUCCUCUAUCAAGAACGCUGUGCGGCGUUGGCUGCCUGUGUGGCAGGCAGUAGGCACCAGCUCAAAAUGUCACCGCACGGUGCACCAAGCCACCGGGCAGCUAAUGUUAUUUAACCUUGUUGCCUGCCCGGCCUGCAGCAAGUCUCUGACGGAGGGUGCCGUAAGCGAGCCCCUCUGCUGGCGGAGCUCGGCUGCAUCUUGCUGAGGCCUGAUGUGCCUGCACCCCGAUGGGGUGCUGGGUGCCCCUCAGAGGCCUCAGCUCAUGGCAUUGCCAGCAGUGCCGCGGCUCUGAACAAACGAGAGUCUCUGCUCAUCAGACAGAAAGACAAAAUAAGAAGCAAGGAAGAAGCAGGCAGCAGGACCGGGCAGGCCACCUCGGGCACCCCCAGGGUGCUGGGACCAUGUCAGCGGGAACAGGCCUGCAGCGGGAGGCCGAGCCAUGGUUGUGCCGAGCUGAGCUCAGGAAAAGCAUCUGGUCUGGCUGCGGGUGGGCACCUGGGAGCACGAACCACGUAAGGGUCCUUUCUCCGUGCCCAGGAUGCUGCCUGGGGGUGACUUUCAGAGUGGUUUUGGUCAGAAAGGCAUUCCCAGCCCCUGCGGCUCUGCCUACUGCUUCUGUCCCUAUGUUUCUCACCAUGAAAACAUUUCUAAAACUUUAUAAAAUAAAUUGUUUCUCAGUA